CAGAGAUAAUGAACUAACAGCUCAGCCUCAGAAGACUCUUCUGGAUGGCCUCUUACUAACCAUGUACAGGGGAAAAAUAGCCCUGACACCUCCUCAUUUGUGAAAUGGAGACAAGAAUCAAUACCUUGUUACCUGGGUUUUUUGUGAGACUUCGAGUUUAUGAAUUGUGAUGAUCUUAAUUAAUACUAGCAAUUGGCGUAUCAUUUUAUUUGUAGGAGAAGGAGGGAGAGAGAAAGGAAGGAAGGAAAAGAAAGUGGAUAGGACAUUUUUAUCUGUAGGAGAGAGAGGGAGGGAGGGGUAAAGAUCCAGGUAGCGUGGCAGAAAUCAAGGGAGGCUUAGUUUCCUGAGCCUGGAGGGGAAGUUGACAGAAACUCACAGUCUGGGGAGGGAAGAAAGCAUCGUUCAGGGAAUUCCAUCAGUUGCCAUGUUCCAGAGAACCCACCCCCAGGAUGUUCCUUCACGUGGCUGUGAGAGGAAUAGGAGUGGGUUUUUGAGACCCGCAGCAAACUUCUUUCCAGACCAUGGGGCACCCCGGCCUGCCCUCUGGCUUCCAAGGUACCCAAAGGAUGCUUUUUCCUUGCUUCUCCAGGACGGCCAAUGUCAGGAUUUAGAAAGCUAGUGCGCCAAUUCACGGCAAGGAUCUUCGGAAUAACCACUCUCCGUGAGCUCUGCCCAGCUCCUAGAUGUUUCUGCGGCCCCAGGUGCCUUCCCAGAUCUCCGCCCUCGGCCAGAACAUUAAGCAGCUCCUCGAGGGGUAGCUCCUCCACGCAAGAUGCCGCCCACGGCUGUGAGCUGGUGUGUGCAGGUGAACCGGCGCAUACCGGCGCCCCGACCGCGAACCCAACUGCAGACGCUGCGGUGGCGGCACGAUGUAGGCGAACUCUCUCCUUUUCAUCCUUUACGUGUCCACUGAGAUCUCGCCAAUAAAUAACAAGAAUAAAGCGUCUGCUUGGUUUUGUCUUUGCGCUCCCGGGAUCGUAGCGGGUCUUUUAGAGAGGAGAGAAGAACGAAGAGGAACCACGGCGGCCCCACCGGCAGUUUCUGGAGACCCCUGAAAUCGGCAGCUGCAGCUGCCCAUUUGGAGAGCCUCGGGCCUGGUCAUCUAAGACCCGGGGUUACAGGUCCGCCCGAGCUGGGAGAGGGUCCGGGCUUUUCCCCCGCCUGGUCGGGCCCUUCAGCCGAGGGGCGCUGGCCAGGCUCCAGACGCCGGAAGGUGCCAAGCUCACUUAGCAUGGGCUCUGCGCGCGGACGCCCCGGGCGCGCUCCGUCCGCCCCUCUCGGGCGCGCGCGAUCCUCCGGGACAACCCCGAGGCCGCCCGGCCCCGCGGAGAAGCGAGAGCCCCGCGGGCGGCCGCCGGCCGGUGUGCGUCUCCCCGCCUCACGCAGUUGCGCUGCGCUGCGCUGCGGGGAGCCGGACCGCGCAUUCUGAGGGCGCACGGCGGCGGGUGGCGUGCGCCGCGCCGCUCUCCGCCGGCCACGCUCCGGGUCCGCGGACAGAGCUCCCCGGACCACCCCGGCGCGCAGCAGCCCCGGGGGCCGAGCGGCUCCUGCGGGACGGGAGACGCCCCCUGGCCCCCGCCCCCGCGUGGCCCCGCGGGGCUAGCGGGAGCGGCGGGAGGAGGAGGAGGAGGCGGCGCCGCCGGGACUGCCUCCUCCCCGCCCCUCGCGUCUCCUCCCCGCGCCACCGGGAAGGACAAGGGGACUGGGCACGGGGACCCCGGCCAGUGACCGCCCGUGCCCCGGGGCCGCCCUUCGCGCGCGCUCUCUCGCCUCGAGCCCGGGGCCGGUGUCGCCUCACAUGGUGCUGGCCGCAACCAUGAGCCAGGACGCGGAUCCCAGCGGCCCCGAGCAACCGGACAGAGAUGCCCGCAGCGUGCCGGGGGCUCCGGCGCCCCCUGCGCCCCCCGCGCCCACUGCGCCCCCAGGCCCGAGAGGAAUGCAGCCGCCACCGCCGCCGCCGCCGCCCCCAGCCGGCCUACCGCAGAUCAUCCAAAAUGCUGCCAAGCUCCUGGACAAGAACCCGUUCUCAGUGGGUAACCCGAGCCCCCUACUUCCUUCACCUGCCGGCCUCCAGCUGGCUCAGCUGCAAGCCCAGCUCACCCUCCACCGGCUGAAGCUGGCACAGACAGCUGUCACCAACAACACCGCGGCCGCCACAGUCCUGAACCAAGUCCUCUCCAAAGUGGCCAUGUCCCAGCCUCUCUUCAACCAGCUGAGGCAUCCGUCUGUGAUCAGCGCCCCCCACAGCCACACUGGGGUGCCCCAACAUGCUGCGACUGUGCCCAGUGCCCGGUUUCCCUCUAAUGCAAUUGCCUUCUCGCCCCCCGGCCAGACACGAGGCCCGGGGCCCUCCGUGAACCUUCCCAGCCAACCCCCCAACACCGUGGUGAUGCAUCCUUUUGGGGGGGUCAUGCCUCAGACCCCCGCCCAGCCAGCGGUCAUCUUGGGCAUUGGCAAGACAGGGCCUGCUCCUGCUGCGGCAGGAUUCUACGAGUAUGGCAAGGCCAGCUCCAGCCAGGCGUAUGGCUCGGAAACAGACAGUCAGCCCAGCUUCCUGCCGGCCACGGCCUCUACCACAGGCAGCGUGACCUACGAAGGCCACUACAGCCACUCAGGGCAAGACGGCCAAGCUGCCUUUCCCAAGGACUUUUACGGACCCAGCUCCCAAGGGUCGCAUGUGGCAGGUGGAUUUGCGACUGAGCAGGCCGGGGGCAUGAAAGGCGAGGUAGGUCCGCUGCUUCAGGGUCCAAACAGCCAGUGGGAGAGCCCCCAUGGAUUCUCUGGCCAGAGCAAGCCCGAUCUGACAUCAGGCCCUAACCUGUGGCCUCCACCCCCCAGCCAGCCCUAUGAGCUGUAUGACCCUGAGGAGCCCACCCCAGACAGGACCCCUCCUUCCUUUGGGGGGCGGCUGAACAACAGCAAACAGGGUUUCAGUGGUGUCCGGUGGCGGGCCAAGGAGGAGCCGGCCCUGCUGUCCGUGCGGCCCCUGCAGGCUCACGAGCUGAAUGACUUUCAUGGUGUGGCCCCCCUGCACCUGCCCCACGUCUGUAGCAUCUGCGACAAGAAGGUCUUUGAUUUGAAGGACUGGGAGCUGCAUGUGAAAGGGAAACUCCAUGCUCAGAAAUGCCUGGUCUUCUCUGAAAAUGCUGGUAUCCGGUGUAUACUUGGUUCAGCAGAGGGAACGCUGUGUUCCUCUCCCAACAGCACAGCUGUUUAUAACCCUGCUGGGAACUCUGAAGAUUAUGCCUCAAAUCUUGGAUCAUCAUAUGCAGCCAUUCCAGCAAGGUCAUUUGCUCAGGCAAAUCCCGCAUUUCCUUCGGCUGCCCCUGGGACAAAUUUUGCACAGCGGAAAACGGGUGCCGGCCGCGUGGUGCACAUCUGCAACCUCCCGGAAGGAAGCUGCACGGAGAAUGACGUCAUUAACCUGGGGCUGCCCUUUGGGAAGGUCACUAAUUACAUCCUCAUGAAGUCCACUAAUCAGGCCUUUUUAGAGAUGGCUUACACAGAAGCUGCCCAGGCUAUGGUCCAGUAUUACCAAGAAAAAUCUGCUGUGAUCAACGGUGAGAAGUUGCUCAUCCGGAUGUCCAAGAGAUACAAGGAAUUACAGCUGAAGAAACCUGGGAAAACUGUGGCUGCCAUCAUCCAGGACAUGCAUUCCCAGAGGGAGAGGGACAUGUUCCGGGAAGCGGACAGAUAUGGCCCAGAAAGGCCACGGUCUCGCAGUCCCGUGAGCCGGUCGCUGUCCCCGAGGUCCCACACUCCGAGCUUCACCUCCUGCAGCUCUUCCCACAGCCCACUGGGCCCCACCCGGGCCGACUGGGGCAGCAGCCGGGACUCAUGGGAGCACUCGCCCUAUGCCAGGAGGGAGGAAGAGCGAGACCCGGGCCCCUGGAGGGAGAACGGGGAGGACAAGAGGGACAGGGCAGACAUGUGGACGCACGAUCGCAAACACUACCCCUGGCAACUGGACAAAGCCGAGUUAGAGGAGCGGCUCGAAGGAGGGAGGGGCCACCGAGAAAAGCAUCUGAGGCCGGGGUCCCCCAGCCUGCUGCACUCUGCCUCGGGCUACAAAAGCCGAGAAGAGGGCUACUACCGGAAGGAGCCCAAGGGAAAGUCAGACAAGUACGUAAAGCAGCAGCAGCAGGAUGCUCCCGGGAGGUCCAGGAGGAGGGAGGAGGCCAGACUGCGGGAGAGCAGACACCCCCACACCGAGGACUCAGGCAAAGAAGACGGGCUGGAGCCGAAGGUCACUGGUGCCCCUGAGAGCACCAGGUCGAAGCCGAGUGAGAAGAACAGAACCAAGAGACCCGACAGAGAUCCAGAAGGAGCUGGUGAUAGAAGAGAAAGCAGGAUGGCGGGGAAUGAGGCUGGAAAAGAGGAGCAGGAGGGCGUGGAAGAAAGCACCUCAUCACCAGCCAGGCAGGAGAAAGAAACGGAGUCCUUGGAUGCAGAAGACCCAAGGACAAAGAAGGAGCAAGAGUGGGAGAGUGGAAGCGAGGCAGAUGGGGAGAGCUGGUAUCCCACCAACAUGGAGGAGCUGGUUACAGUGGACGAGGUUGGGGAGGAGGAAGAUUUUAUUAUGGAACCGGACAUCCCAGAACUGGAAGAAAUUGUGCCCAUUGACCAGAAGGACAAAAUCUGCCCAGAAAUAUGUCCUUGCGUGACGACCACCUUAGACCUGGACGUAGUCAAGGAUUUCACCCACGAGGGAGAGAAGCCUAUAGGGAACGGGGCCACGGAAAUCAGCCUCAAGACACCCAGAGACCUGCCUUCUGCUUCCACGAGCUGUCCCAGUGACAUGGACGUGGAAAUGCCUGGCCUAAAUCUGGACGCUGAGCAGAAGCCAGCUGAACGUAAGACAGACCUCUCACUGGAGGGUUCAGAUUGCUACGAGAAGCAGGCAGAGGGAGGGGAGCGCUCCGAUGUGUGUCUGGCCCCUCCACUCCAGCAAAUGUCUUCCCCGAAGCCAGCAGAAGAGGGGGCCUGGCAGCCUAGCCCACCUCUCGAUGACUGCAAGGCCAAGGGGACCCCCGAAGAUGGGGCUCGUGAAGGCAGCCCCCUGCAGGGGAAAGCCAGCCCUCGCACCGACACGGACCUCCAAAGCCAGGCUUGCCAAGGAGUGUCGACCCAGGAAAACCCCAAGUUCGUGGAAAGGAAAUCUCUCGACGUGAGGUCACCGGAACACGCCGAAGUUGAGCUGAAACAGCCCCUCUCUUUGCCUUCCUGGGAACCAGAGGAUGUGUUCAGUGAACUUAGCAUUCCUCUAGGAGUGGAGUUCGUGGUACCCAGGACUGGGUUUUACUGUAAGCUGUGUGGGCUGUUCUACACGAGCGAGGAGAUGGCGAAGAUAAGCCACUGUCGCAGUGCUAUCCACUAUAGGAACUUACAGAAGUACUUGUCGCAGCUGGCCGAGGAGGGCUUGAAGGAGACAGAGGGGGCCGGCAGCCCUGGGCCUGAGGAGGGCGGAAUCGUGCCGCAGUUCGAGAGGAAGAAGCUUUGACGCUUCUGGAAGCCGGGAGAGGAGGGCCUUCUGAGGUGGGGCCUUCCUGACCUCAGGGACAGAAGCCAAAGCCAGAGAGGAAGGAAAACCAGGCAGGCCAUGUUGCCUCGGCCUGUUCUCGCCGACUCGUCAAAACGCCCUUGCAGUGUCUCCCCAGAGAAGCCGUCACCUGAUGUGUCCAGCGACGGAGGGUCACCCUCUCUCUCUCCCCACCGUUGAUCCUUGUUUCCUUCAAUUUGCUUCUCUCUCCUUCCCCCUCCCCCGCCAACCUCUGUGCCAAGGGUCAUUUAUUUUUCAUAAAAUCCAACUUCUCAGGGAUUUCACAGUGUUCAAAUUCUUGAUGGGACAGGACAGGUCAGGCCAGCCCGAUCAACCAAGGAAGAGAUCUCACAGAAACUUCUGGGUCAAGAGCCACUCCAGGGGGUCUGGAGCAUUUUCGGUGCCUGGCGUCCUGAGCUGGGGUAACUGUUGGGUCCUGCAGGCCUAGAAAGGGGGCACCCUAGACCAGCACCUGGUAGAAGCUGGGAGUUCCUCCAGCAGGACCAUCUUUUUUGAAAAGCCCCCAAUUUUAAUAACUCUUUCAUCUUCUCAGUUACUCUAGAAGUCCACCAGAUUCACGCCUUAACAAAAAGUAAUGAAUCUCACAGAGGAGGAAAAGAGCUCUUCAUUUUGGGAGCUCUGUUAAGGGAGCUCCCUCACCCACCAAACUUCUUUCCAUCCUCAGGAUUUCAGGAGGUGCCAAGCUUCGUUCUGUUCUGGACAAUUCAUUUGGUAUAGAUUCACUUCAGUUAAAAAUGUCUUCUCCCUUCAGCCAGAACAAUAUGGGGCUGGGUCAGAUGUUGGCCUCCCAGCCCUGUGUGGCACUGGUGCAAGAGCACUGAGCCAGGGAAAUGGUGUCUGUCCUUGACUCGCUCUUGGCGCCUGCGUCCCAGGAUCCAGCAGCUUCUCGGUGGGAUGGUUUUUAAAAUGGUCUCUCGGUGGAGAAAGACACAAGGAAAGAGCAAGGCCGCAGGAUUGCCAGGAAUUGGUAGGAGGGCAGGAGGUCAAGGCCAUUUCAGAGGACCCCUGUGUGCACACUUUUGGGGGUCAAAUGUCACGAAGAAAAGACCUCUACUUCCUACAGGGUUUUCUGAUACUGGAACUUAGUGCCUUCAGGCCCCAGACUAAGAGUCCAAGGUUUCAUGGGGAGCAUUUAGGACAGAGGUGCUGGGGGGAAAUGAGGUUUCAUCACAGCCCCGAGGAAGACUUCAAGAAGGUCAGAGGGGAGCCUUGUGCUGCUCCCACAAGCUUGAACAACUUCCCCAGCUCAGCCCUUGGAAGAUGGUUCCUGUGUUUCUACUCCUAAUGACAGAUAGACUAGGAAGGGAUUGUUUGUUUUAUAUUAUUUUUUGCAUUUUUUUAUAGUAGAUAAGAUUUUUUUUAUGGUAGGUAGACUGCACAUUUUGUCCUCUGCACUAAUGGCCGAAGGAUAGAGAACUUAUCUGAGUUCAACACUGACAUUUUAUCAGUGAAUCUGAAGCACAGAGAAGGAAGAGAUGUAGGACAUAAAAUGAAUCCUGUGUAAACCUCGGGGCACACACGGUUACUGGUGAGGAGAGAGUUGCGGGGAACCUGUGAAAGAGAACAGAGAAGGCCAGCACCAGAGGCCAACCAGGCAGCCUGGGCACGCGCUAUCAGGGGCUGGAGGAAGCGGAAAGCCUGGCCUUGGCAUGACGCCAUCUGGGGGCCUCGGAAAGGUUGGCGUCUCCAAGACAGUCGGCUCUGAAGAUGGCGGCUCAGCUCAAGCUGCCUCCACAGGUUUUCACCUGCUGCUCUGCAGAUCGGCCUUCUGCAUUUCUGGGAAAACCUCUGGCCCUCAUUGUCGUUCUUUGCCCUCAGGGGGUGUCCAGGGCCAGCUCUCUGGGAACCUUGCCGGGAAGAGUCUUCCACCUCCACCAGAGGAUGGAAAUGAGCAUUUUCAGAGAGGCUGGCAGUCUUUUCUCCCAGCAAAGUGAACGUCAACCCACCAGCUCAUCCCUCCUCCUCCUCCUCCUCCUCUUCCUCCCGCCCAGCACCGUUUCCAUGGAAGUCGAGAUGGCUGUUCAAACAGCCUCAUUCCCAAGUAAUGCAAUGGCUCCCCUGCUGAUAGACUGACCUUCUCCAUACUGGAAAGCUGGCAAGAGCCACAGGGAGGGAUCGAGGAGAGGCUCUCUGCAUUCAGUCAGAACCUUCACUUUAAAAACCGUCUAAAAUUCUGUAUUUGUAUAUAUAUUUGUAUUUAUUUCUAUUUAUUUUUAUACAGUUCCAUUGGCAUGGUCCUUCACCCACUCUGUAAUUUGCACUUUUUAUUCCUACAUGUGUCAUACACAAUGCAAUAUUACAGACAACCAGGAAAAUACUGAUUUAUUUUUUAAAGCUUUUCCUUAGUGUUUGUCAACCAUUUCAAAGUGUCUCCCCAAAAAGCUUAUGUAAGAGCAUCUGUUACCUUGAGUAACAGAUUCAUUUGUACCCUGGGUUAAGGUAACAAAGGGCAUAGGUAAUUUUCUUUUCAUCAUAAAACACCCGAAAUAAAGUAUAUCCAGGCAGUAUUCCCAAAUAAUUUGAUAGAUUAGAUGUUGGUGUGAGCACAGCCAUCACUAUCCCUUCCUUGGACAGUCGGAGGCUGUGAUCUAUUAGACUGUCCUUGAACUGGACCAGAGUUUGCUUUUUGAGCUUAUGAGAAAAAGAAAAACACUAGUUAAUUUAAGUUUGAACUUCUAAGGUAUUAGAAUUUGUUGAGUGUCUUAUCAAUCGUCAUCACUUUUCCUGAUCUGUAUAAUUGACCGCAAGUGUUUGUUUUUACAAAAGGAAAAAAAAAAGAUUUUUAAUAAAGAGAAUUUGAAAGCU